AUCCCUUGUAUCGUGAAGAUGCCACCUCCUUAACGGAGAAUGGUCCCAUCUGAUCCAGGUGUCCCUCUUGCUUUCCCCAGAGAUGGACCAAGGGGCUGUUCACAAGUUAAUGUUCCCUGAAGGAAGCAGUGGCUCCGUGCCAGGCUCUGCUGAGGGCAGGGAGGCGAUGCCAGGCACGGGCACACGGGAUGACAACACUGGGAAUGCUUCUCCAUUGGAUUGGCUGCGUAAAGUUUUGGGGCCCUUGCAGCCUCCUGAAAGGGUGUCUGCAGGGAGGACUUUUCCAGCUCCUCUUCUGGUUGCUCCGCCCAAACCCACCUCACAUGGCAGAGGUCCUCCAAGAGGCAAGAGCCAACCUCCAGGAGAGAAAAAGACCCAUGAGUCAAAUGAAGUUCUGAAAGAAAUUUUGAAGGAACUUCAGAAAGGGCAAGGGGUGUCCGCAGGGAGGACUUUUCCAGCUCCUCUGCUGAUUCCUCUGAGCAAGACCACCUCAUAUGGCAUGAAUGCAGCCGGUGCCACAACACGUGCUCCCAAGAUCCAGGAGAGCACUGGGAGAGAUUUCUGUUGGGGAACCGGCUGUUUGAGUGUGAUAGUGGCAAGCGUGUUGGAAGGGCUGCUUGUCUUCCUGUUGUGCUGUGCUGGAAUCUGGUACUGGAGGGUGAGAAAACGGCUCCUCUCUGCUCCUGCUCCAGCCCAGCCAAACACCUCGGGCAGGAAGAGCUGGACCUCUCAUCUCUGCUCUUCCUGCCCAAAGCCGGCUGUGCUGACGCGGCUGAAGAACGGGCUUCUCACUCUCCUGGUCCAGCUGCCAGGAAAAGGAGCCCCUCUGCCCCCGAGCCCUGCGGCCCCACCCCCCAGCCCCGUCUAA